AUGAGAAAGGUAAUCUCAUACUACUUAUUAAAAGGUCUCUUAAUAUCGUUACUAUUGUUUCCAUUCAUUUCAAUAAAUGUUUUCUAUUUUGUAGAGGAUCUUUAUGAACUACCUUCAGACAGUUUGGCUACUGUUAAUGAAGACGAGGAUCCAGCUUUGAUUGGAGCCUUAUCUGGUAUUGCACUUGAUUCAAAUGUUGAUUCUGAAGAUGAAUGA